AUGACAACAGAAAACAUCAACAAGAAAAGAGUACAUGAGACUGCGGCCUCGGAGCUGCUCACUUCCAGCAUCAUCACUAUCAUCGUUGGUAAAGACGACGCAAAGGAAAGCUUCAGUGCUCACAGGAGUAUUCUAUGUGCUCAUUCCGAAUACUUUCAGCGUGCCCUCGGCGCAAGUUGGACAGAGUCGACCGAUGGCGUGGUCAACUUACCCCAGGAUAGUCCCAAGAUCUUCCGCCUGUGGCUCAGUUUCUCCUACUUCGGCAAGAUCGCAUCCAGAAAGCGAGGCCCUGACGAAAUCACUGAAAUUACGAUUCCCGAAAUCCAAACGGAAUAUCAAAGUCUGUGUAAUCUAUUCUGUCUUUCCGACAAGUUAAUAAACGAUACGGCCAAGAAUGCAACGAUCGAGGCACUCUUUGAAUUAUCCGAAGUCAGGAUCGACGGGAAAUGGUACAUCCCUCCGUAUUACAAUGUAGACUUCGUCUACAAGAAUACGCCAGAACAAAGUCCCCUUAGGCGCCUUCUUGUCGACUUCUGGAGCACUUUCGACCUUGAGAAGGCCCUUCUAGACGACGAGCGACUUCCGAAGAGAUUCCUUGCCGAUCUUGCGGUCGCGCUUUCGAAAGCGCGAGGAAAGGGAGCAAGAAAUUUGGCCAAGGACAAUGGUCCCACCAAGUAUUUGUCUGAAACUAAGAAAGAGGUCGGGGGUGAGACAACCGCAGAGGCAACGAAAUGA